AGCCGUCACUAAUAACUUUCAUCCAUGCGGAUGAUCGACAGUUGCAGCCUGUAGGAACUGUCCUUCUGUAUUGAAGGGCCAAAGGUAUGCGACUUACAUAUGAGCCUGCUGCCUUGCUUUGCGCGACAUGACUUCAAGAUGCCCGCCAUGACUCGGAUACUCGUAGGCCUGUUGAAUGGACCCUACUGAAAGGCAGGCUAGCCUGCCUCGGAGGAGACACCAUAAAUUAAUGGAGGUCUAAGGAUGGAUCGCUCAGUUCCUUGCCUGGCUCUUCAUCUCAUACUUGCAACGACUACCGGAUGCCUUUGACCUUUUUGAUCCAGAAACACCGAGAAAUGCGUCGGAAAGGUAGCUCAUCAACGUUAGGGAAACACGACGCCAAGGAAGCGCUUAGAUUUCGCGUGUAGGUUUUUGCCCCCUUUGGCUGCCCUUUCCACGUCUCCUAUACUUCUUCUGCAAACAACAGGUCCAAUGUACAGGACUCUCUUGCUCGAGCUCUCUUUUUGCAGCCAUCACAUCCCCCGUCCAACCCAAAUUUCUCGCCGACCUCUACGUCAAGUGCCUUCACGUUGACGUCCGAAAUGUCAGUCAGCUCACCCAUACGAGCUCAAGACAAGAAACCCGAGAAGAGGGUUAGAUUUUGCGAGUUCCAGGACUCUCCCGCUCUCAUUUUGCAGCCUUCACAGUCCCCUUUUACAUCCCCGCCCAACCCCAAGUUCUCACCCACUUCUACGACAAGUGGCUUCACAUUAACGUCCGAAAUGUCCGACUGCUCACCCACCAGUAUCGUGCGCAGAAAUGCCGAUCUACUAUCUUUUGGGACGUUCUUUUCUGCACCACUCUCUCCCGGGUCUUUUUCUGAUGGAGAAGCACUCGUUGAAGAGGUGAUGUCUCCUGCAAGUCCGACUAUAACAUUAUCUGCACCGACGAUAGCACCGCACGGUCCCAUCGUCAUCAUACCGUCUCGGGACAGCAUAGAGAUACAACCCAUCUCUUCUGUCGCGGAAUCCGACGAGGAUUACUAUGAAAGCUUUCUGGAUUCUUUCUUUACUGUCAGGGAAUCUCGCGCACCUGAACAAAACCAAGUUUCAUCCACAGUCUUCGAACACGUGUCUAGGAUAUCGAAGCCUUCACCAGAGCCUCCUUCAAGCGAGAAAGCGAAUGGGAAAACUUGUUUCCCGUUUACUCAACUUGUUCCGGCUCGGAGAGAACGACCCGCCCGACUGUUAUCACCUCCAACUAUCGUCCUUCCGGAACACGACGAAUGUCCAUCCUCGCCACACUCUCCUGUGGUGAAGGUUUUACGCCCUCGUCCUCCGUCAUUGUCGCUAGCCAAAUCUCUUCCUAGGAUGAGUGUUGCACCCCUUGACACUGCAGAAGCAGACGACGGUUCUUCCAUCUUUAGCUAUUACAAAGGCUCUCCUUGUUACUCCACACCCUCCUGUUAUUCCACACCCUCCACAUCCGAUGGUCCGCCCGAAGAGUUUGACCUGCAAUUUGAGGUGGACCUUGAAUCGGGCUCGCAAGUAGCAGUUCUAACGCCUGUAUAUCGCUCAUAUGUCGAACUCGAUCAGGAUGACGGUGACGACGAGUGUACGCGGUUUGAGGGUGUUGGACAAUGGCUGGAGCCGGCGGUUAAGCAGGAUGAGGACGAGGAAGAACAACCCAUACGUGCCCUUCGAUCCCGAGGCCGCCGGGCGUCAUUUACCGUGUCUUCUUCGACCAACUAUCUACAGCCUCCCAGAACCUCCUUUACCUCGAAUGUAAUGAAGUUUGAGCAUUACCUCCGAGGGCCGGUGCUGAAUAGAAAAGAAGGCUCCGGUCAUCGCAAGAGCAAGAGAGGAGUUGUGAUCCUAGGGCCUUCCAUGUCCAUAUCCACGUCCACGUCUCCUUCGACGCCGUUUUUACUGAAAACGCCCAAGUCGCCUUCGUUUUCGGAUGCUGGAAUGGUUGCGCUGUUUCAUCUGAUGAAAUCCCGGUCACGAAUCUUCCCCCCGAGGCAAAACUUGCUCGUGUUUGAAGAAGACGGAGCACAUCGUCGAACGAGGAAGCCUAUGAUUUCUAUUGAGGUUUGAAAUGACCUUCUCAUUCUAAGCUGUUUGCUCCAUCUUGCGAGGGGGUGUUUUUUUAUGAUCGACAUUUGUAUCUAUAUACCUAAUCUUAUUAUGCGAGUAUGUCCC